UCAGUCCAAUCAUUUUUCAAUAAACGGGACGGACUAAAUUCGUCGGGUCCAGUCAAAUUACUUUAUCAGUAAGCCCGCUAUAUAAUACGUUAAUCUCCGACAAAAUACUUUAGUUGUAAAAGGAUCAAGACAAGACAAAAUGAGUUUGGUAGCUAACACCGGGAAACUAGCGGGUCGUACGCUGUUUAUAACGGGUGCUUCCCGUGGCAUAGGCAAGGCCAUCGCCCUCAAGGCAGCUAAAGAUGGGGCAAAUGUGGUGGUUGCUGCGAAAACGGCCGAGCCGCAUCCCAAGCUACCUGGCACUAUUUACACCGCUGCAGAAGAAAUUGAGGCCUUAGGAGGUAAGGCGCUGCCAUGCAUCGUGGAUGUCAGGGACGAGAAAGCAGUGCAAAAGGCCAUAGAUGAGGCUGUUAAAAAGUUCAACGGAAUCGACAUCCUGAUCAACAAUGCGUCUGCUAUCUCCCUCACCGACACACCCAACACCGACAUGAAGAGAUACGACCUCAUGCACUCCAUCAACACGAGGGGCACCUUUUUAGCGUCGAAGCUGUGUUUGCCGCACCUGAAGAACAGCAACCACGCCCACAUCCUGAAUCUGUCGCCGCCUCUCAACAUGAACCCCUUCUGGUUCGCGACGCACGUUGCAUACACGAUGGCCAAGUACGGCAUGUCGAUGUGUGUGCUGGGCAUGAGCCACGAGUUCAAACCCUUCAACAUCGGCGUCAACGCCCUUUGGCCUAUGACCGGCAUCGCCACGGCGGCCAUUGAGAUGUUGACAGGUGACGUGUCGACGAGCCGCAAGCCUGAAAUCGUUUCUGACGCCGCUUACUACAUGCUUUGCCAGGAUCCGAAGACCUACACUGGCAACUUCGCUAUCGACGAGGAUGUCGUAAAGAAGGCUGGCGUCACGGAUCUCACUCCCUAUGCGUGCGAUCCUAAGAAGGCGAAUAACCUCCUGCUCGACGGGUUCAUAGACUCCCCGCUGGCCAUGAAACAGCACUCGGUCGUGACUGCGUCCGUCAGACGGUACCAUACCACCGCCGUGCGAUUCGAGAAGGAGGGCAAACCCGAAGGCCAGAUUCCCACGCUAUUCGCUGCCAUCGGCAAGAGUCUGUCACCUGACCUGGUCAAGAAGACGCAGGCCGUCUACCAGUUCAAUGUCAAAGGUAAAGAAGAGGGCGUGUGGCACAUCGACCUCAAGAACGGCGACGGUGCCUGCGGCCAGGGCGAGCCCAAGAGCCCGCCUGAUGCGACUCUCACCAUGGACAGUGGCAACUUCUCCGACAUGUUUGCUGGAAAGUUGAAACCGGCCACAGCGUUCAUGAUGGGCAAGCUGAAAAUCAAGGGAGACCUGCAGAAAGCCAUGAAGCUCGAGAAGAUGAUGAAAUCCCUCCAGAAGAAGUAAUUUGCCAAAGUCCCGGUCAACAUCAGACUCGGCAGUCAGACUGACAAAUUGUCUAAGUCCUUGUAACUAAUUUGAAGAUAGAGCCAGACCAAGCUAAUAUUGUAUGCCAUUUCCAUGUCCUGGGUUCGAAUCCCGGUAAGGACUUUUAUUUUUGGAAGUUUUCUAUGUAAUAUAAGUAUGUAAUUAUCUAUAUAAGUAUUUAUAGUGUCACCUAGCAACCAUAGUACAAGCUUUGCUUAGUUUGGGACUGAGUUGAUUGUGUAAAGUGUUCUCCAAUAUCUUUUAUUAUUUUAUUUGUUUGUUUACAAUGACAAAGUGUGGCAAGGCAAUGUCAUCCUUCCCUUUUGAAAAAAAUACAAGAGAUUUAAUAACUUUGAAAUUUACAAUCUAUACUCAAGUCAGUAGAAAGUUAGCUUGAAUGGGUUCUGUUCAGUUUGCUUCCAUUAAGAAAAUAAUUCAAAUUAGUUACCACUGUGGACUUAAGCAUUAAACAUAUACUGAUUUACAUUAGUAUUUCACUUCAGUGGAAACUAGCCAUGCUCACACUAAUAUUAAACGGACAUUGGAUAUUUUAUUAGAUAUCAAAGACUCAUAGUUCAGUAUAUUUUGCAUCAAAUAUUGCAUAACUCAAAGAAUAGACUGCAUUGUGUAUUACAAAUCAUUGUAUAUUUUUAGAAGGUAUUUUGUCACAUGUAUAUGUUUGAAAAUUAUGUACAUAUGAAAGUCAUUGGAUAACUUCUUUAGUGUUGUGCCUUGUCUUUGUACAUACGUAAAGUCACUGCCAAAUGUGGCACGAGAUGUAUUGGAUUUUUUAUUAUUAUAAGAAGAUGAAAUAUUAUAAUUAAAAAGGUGCUGUUUA